CCCUACUUCCGGCCUGUGCGGUCCACCUUACUUCCGGACAGUGCGUUCCACAUACAGGAAAUUAGUUUUCAUCGACUGCUGCAGCCUCGCAGUGUCCGUGGAGAUCAGCCGCCGAGUACCCGGAAGUGGAGAGGCGUAGAAAUGCGUCACGUGAUCGGGCUGCAAUCUCUGUGUGAGCUGUGAGCUGCUGCUCCUACAAGCCGCAUCUCGUGCUGGAAACAAGUGUUUACACACACCCACGCUGCUGGAAAGAGAGAGAGGGAGCGCUCCCCCGGCUUGAGGGGGAGUAUAUAGAGGAACACAGGGGUCUGUACAAGGACGUGAUGAUGGAGAAUCACCGGCCCCUCACAUCACUGGGUAAAAGGAGACUGUCAUGUAUUGUACACGGGAGAGCAGAUGGGCCCAGUAACAGAAAUACCCCAGAGAGAUGUCCCCGUCCUCUGUAUUCCCAGGAUUGUACAGAGGAGAAUCACAGGAUCCCACAGGAGGAUCAGGAAGAACGUCUGUCUGAUAUAAAGGCAGAAGAUACAGAGGUAGAAGAAGAGACGUAUGUGACUGAUAAUAAAGUAGAAGAUACAGAAAGAGAAGAAGAGACAUAUGUGACUGAUAUAAAGGCAGAAGAUACAGCGGGAGAAGAAGAGACGUAUGUGACUGAUAUAAAGGCAGAAGAUACAGAGGGAGAAGGAGAGACGUAUGUGACUGAUAUAAAGGCAGAAGAUACAGCGGGAGAAGGAGAAACAGAUGUGACUGAUAUAAAGGCAGAAGAUAUAGAGGGAGAAGAAGAGAAGUAUGUGACUGAUAUAAUUUCAGAAGAUAUAGAGGGAGAAGAAGAGACGUAUGUGACUGAUAUAAAGGCAGAAGAUAUAGAGGGAGAAGAAGAGACGUAUGUGACUGAUAUAAAGGCAGAAGAUAUAGCAGGAGAAGAAGAGACAUAUGUGACUGAUAUAAAGGCAGAAGAUAUAGAGGGAGAAGAAGAGACGUAUGUGACUGAUAUAAAGGCAGAAGAUAUAGAGGGAGAAGAAGAGACGUAUGUGACUGAUAUAAAGGCAGAAGAUAUAGAGGGAGAAGAAAGGACGUAUGUGACUGAUAUAAAGACAGAAGAUAAAGAGGGAGAAGAAGAGACGUAUGUGACUGAUAUAAAGGCAGAAGAUAUAGAGAGAGAAGAAGAGACGUAUGUGACUGAUAUAAAGGCAGAAGAUAUAGAGGGAGAAGAAGAGACGUAUGUGAGGGGUGAUCAGCAGUGUAAGGAGGAGGAGAUCCCUACAGAUAUCAGCACAGAUAGUCACACAAGCAGGAAUAUCUCAGAAGGACAUCUAAUGUUAUCCCCGGAUUGUGACAUAAAAGAUAAUGACAGUAGACCGGAUUCUCCAGGAGAUAACCCCAUUAUCCCAAUUAUACAUCCAACUCUAUCAGCUGAUCCCUCUGAUCCUGGGAAAUGUUCUCCUGAUCACUCUGAUAUUGGUGCAUCUGUUACAGCUCUGACAGUAGAUACAGAGUUUCCCUGUUCUAUAGAUGCCAAAUGUUUUACAAAGAACACUAAGCCUAUUAACCCACACACAGGUAAGGCAGGUGAGAGGCCAUUUCUAUGUUCUGAGUGUGGGAAAUGUAUACGUAAAUCACAUCUUGUUCUACAUCAAACAAGUCACACAGGUGAGAAGCCAUUUCCAUGUUCUGAGUGUGGGAAAUGUUGUGUAAGUAAAUCACAACUUGUUACACAUCUGCGCAGUCACACAGGUGAGAAGCCUUUUCCGUGUUCUGAGUGUGGGAAAUGUUUUACACAGAAAUCAGCUCUUGUUAGACAUAACAGAAGUCACACAGGUGAGAAGCAAUUUCCAUGUUCUGAGUGUGGGAAAUGUUGUGUAAGUAAAUCACAUCUUGUUAUACAUCACAGAAGUCACACAGGUGAGAAGCCAUUUCCAUGUUCUGAGUGUGGGAAAUGUUGUGUAAGUAAAUCACAACUUGUUACACAUCUGCGCAGUCACACAGGUGAGAAGCCUUUUCCAUGUUCUCAGUGUGGGAAAUGUUUUACACAAAAAUCACAACUUAUUACCCAUCAGCAAAGUCACACAGGUGAGAAGGCAUUCCCAUGUUCUGAGUGUGGGAAAUGUUUUACACAGAAAUCAGCUCUUCUUAGACAUAACAGAAGUCACACAGGUGAGAAGCCAUUUCCAUGUUCUGAGUGUGGAAAAUGUUGUGUAAGUAAAUCACAUCUUGUUAUACAUCACAGAAGUCAUACAGGUGAGAAGCCAUUUCCAUGUUCUGAGUGUGGGAAAUGUUGUGUAAGUAAAUCACAACUUGUUACACAUCUGCGCAGUCACACAGGUGAGAAGCCUUUUCCAUGUUCUGAGUGUGGGAAAUGUUUUGCACAGAAAUCAGAUCUCGUUAUACAUCACAGAAGUCACACAGGUGAGAAGCCAUUUUCUUGCUCUGAGUGCGGGAAAUGUUUUACACAAAAAUCACAACUUGUUACCCAUCAGCAAAGUCACACAGGUGAGAAGGCAUUCCCAUGUUCUGAGUGUGGGAAAUGUUUUGCGCACAAAUCAGUUCUGGUUAGACAUCAGCAAAGUCACACAGGUGAGAAGCCAUUUCUAUACUCUGAGAAAUAAAUCCGCUCUUGUUGCACACAAUAGACAUCACUCAGGUGAGGAACUAUUUUAUUUUGGAGUAUACUCAUCAUUGCCAUGCGUUGUUCUUUAAGGUUCUUAUCCUAUCUCCUAUGCUUUUUGCAAUAAGGUGGUAACAGCAGUUGGGGGAGACAGGGUGGGUGGCAGUAGUGGGUGUGACCGGUUGUGGCAGUAGUGGGAGGAGAUGGGACAGGUGGCAGUAGUGAGGAGACAGGGCGGGUGACAGUAG